AUGUCUACGCCAUGGUUUCUGCAGAAACCAAGAAGACCACUGAGACAGGAGGUGAAAGUUGAAGAAAAUGCCAUUACUCAUCUAGACCACCUGUGUCGUCUAAGCAUCCGAGACGCACCGCAACCUUAUCGAAAAACCGGCAUCAUUUGUACUAUAGGUCCUUCGUGCCGUUCUGUAGAAAUGCUCAAGCAAAUGAUCACUUGUGGCAUGAACAUUGCUCGUCUGAACUUUUCACAUGGAAGUCAUGAGUACCACGGUGAAACUAUUACAAAUGUUCGCAAAGCGGUCGAGGAGAUGGGAGGUGAUCUUCAAAUCGGAAUCGCUCUCGACACAAAGGGACCGGAGAUCCGCACUGGUCUGCUGACAGGCGGUGCAGCUGCUGAAGUUGAACUGGUAAAGGGUAAAUCGAUUACUCUUACGACGCACGAAACAUAUAAAGACUCAUGUGGAGCCGAAAAGCUUUAUUUGGAUUAUAAGAACAUCGUGAAGGUGGUGAGCAAAGGAUCUCGGGUCUACAUCGACGACGGCCUCAUUUCGCUUGUUGUCAACGAAAUCAAAGCCACCGAUAUUGAGUGUACGAUCGAAAACGGUGGAAUGCUUGGUAGCCGCAAAGGUGUGAAUCUUCCUGGCACACUUGUCGAUCUGCCAGCUGUAUCUGAAAAAGAUAUCUCGGAUCUCAAAUUCGGCGUUGAACAGGGAGUUGAUAUGAUUUUCGCUUCUUUCAUCAGAAAUGCCGAUGGCAUACGAGCCAUGCGUAAGGUUCUUGGCGAAAAAGGCAAACAUAUCAAGAUUAUCGCAAAAAUCGAAAAUCAGGAGGGUAUGGACAAGGCUGACGAAAUUAUCGCUGAAGCGGAUGGUGUCAUGGUGGCCAGAGGAGAUCUUGGAAUUGAAAUUCCUACUGAGAAAGUGUUCGUUGCUCAAAAGGUACUGAUCGCGAAAUGCAAUAAAGCUGGCAAACCGGUAGUCUGCGCGACUCAAAUGCUCGAGUCCAUGACGAAGAAACCUCGUCCAACCCGAGCAGAAGGAAGUGAUGUCGCGAACGCCGUUCUCGAUGGAGCGGAUUGUGUCAUGCUGUCAGGAGAGACUGCUAAGGGAGACUACCCACUAGAAACAGUGAAGACUAUGCACUACCUUUGCAUCGAAGCGGAAGCAGCUAGUAAUCAUCGUAAAUAUGUCGAAGACGUUCUGUGGCACACGAACCGUCCAACAGACAUGACACACACCGUGGUUCUCGCUGCCAUUACUGCGGCUGUCAAGUGUCAUGCAGCGGCCAUUAUUCUUGUUACUUGCACUGGACGGGUGGCCAUAAAUUGCUCCCGCUAUAAAUCACCCAUUCCGAUUCUAGCCGUAUGUCGUCACACGAGCGUCUGUCGUCAGUUAAAUCUUUGCAGGGCCGUCUUCCCUAUCUUCUACAAUAAACCGAAACAUAAUGACUUUGCUACUGACGUCGACAACAGAAUUAAUCAUGGGAUCGAAAUAGGCAAAAGUCGUGGUUAUAUCAGCAGAGGCGACUUUCUCGUUGUGAUUAAUGGAUGGAAAUUUGGUUCGGGCCUCACCAACACAAUGCGAAUCAUCACUGCAGCGUAA